AUGGCCCGUACCAAGCAAACCGCUCGGAAAUCGACUGGUGGCAAGGCGCCACGCAAACAACUGGCUACUAAGGCCGCUCGCAAGAGCGCACCAGCCACCGGAGGCGUGAAGAAGCCCCAUCGGUAUCGCCCCUGGAACUCUGCCUUUCAGCGUCUGGUGCGUGAAAUCGCUCAGGACUUCAAGACUGACCUGCGAUUCCAGAGCUCGGCAGUGAUGGCUCUGCAGGAAGCUAGCGAGGCCUAUCUGGUUGGCCUCUUUGAAGAUACCAACUUGUGCGCCAUUCAUGCCAAGCGUGUCACCAUCAUGCCCAAAGACAUCCAGUUGGCCCGUCGCAUUCGCGGCGAGCGUGCUUAA